AGGUAAGGUAAAAAUCGAUGUGGAGCUUGCUUUUACCGAGGGCUCUUGGAACUGAGGGAGACUUAAGCAUGCUUCUGCAGAAUUCCGUGGGGUGACCGGGUGUGCCAGGGGUGUCCUGAAACAAGGGAGAGGGACUUGCAUUUUCCUAUGAAGAUGUUUUUUCACUCUGAUGUAUUCAAUUGGUUGCAAAGAGAUUUCAACAGCUUUCUAGCCCUAGAAGCCCGCAGUGACAGUGCUCUGAGGGGUGCCAGGAAACGCCCCUCCCCAGGAAAACCAAAGAAGCUCUUGGAGAGCAGCAGCUGGGGUCCUGGUACUCGGUGUGCCUACGAGGGCUUCUGAGCUGUGGAGACGCGAGGGGGAGGCUGUGGGAGUCUGGGGGUCGGCAGCUCUCCUGCUCUUGUCGAGAUGUACAACGGGUCGUUCUUGGAACCCGGCGGGGUCAACGCGUCGUGCUGGGGUCCUGGGCUGGGAUGCCCCAACGCGUCCAACCCUGCGCCUUUGCCGCUGCCACAGUCGCUGGCUGUGGCGGUGCCGGUGGUCUACGCGGUGAUCUGCGUUGUGGGGCUUGUCGGCAACUCGGCUGUGCUGUACGUGCUGUUGCGGGCGCCCCGCAUGAAGACCGUCACCAACCUGUUCAUCCUCAACCUGGCCAUCGCCGACGAACUCUUCACCCUGGUGCUGCCCGUCAACAUCGCCGACUUCCUGCUGAGGCAGUGGCCGUUCGGGGAGCUCAUGUGCAAGUUCAUCGUGGCCAUCGACCAAUACAACACGUUCUCCAGUCUGUACUUCCUCACGGUCAUGAGCGCCGACCGCUACCUGGUGGUGCUGGCCACUGCCGAGUCGCGCCGGGUGGCUGGCCGCACGUACGGCGCUGCACGCGCCGUGAGCCUGGCGGUGUGGGGGCUCGUCACGCUGGUGGUGCUGCCCUUUGCCAUCUUCGCCAGGCUAGACGAGGAGCAGGGCCGGCGCCAGUGCGUGCUGGUUUUCCCACAGCCCGAGGCCUUGUGGUGGCGGGCGAGUCGCCUUUACACGCUGGUGCUGGGCUUUGCUAUCCCGGUGUCCACCAUCUGUGCUCUCUACAUCACCCUGCUGUGCCGACUGCGUGCCAUUCGGCUCGACAGUACAAAGUGGCCCUCCACUGUAUCCCAGACUGCCACCGCCCAGGACUGA